CGAGCAUGGGCUCCUCAGGGGCCGCAGCAGGCUGGGGGCUCCUGGAUUACAAGACAGAGAAAUAUGUGAUAACCAGGAAUUGGCGGGUGGGCGCCCUGCAGAGACUGCUGCAGUUCGGGAUUGUGGCCUAUGUGGUGGGGGGGCUUUCCUUCCCAAUAAAGGCUACCCAGGAGCGGGACCUCGAGCCCCAGAUUUCUGUCAUCACCAAACUCAGUGGGAUUUCUGUGAUUCAGAUCAAGGAGCUUGGGAAGCAGCUGGAGGAUAUAGCUGACUACGUGAAGCUCUCACAUGCCCCAUGGCGACUUGAAGGCCUGGAGUUCAUCUUGUGUUUUCAAGGCAUAAAAACAGACCGGUGUGUGGCGUUCAAUGGGAACCAUAAGACCUGUGAGAUCUGGACUUGGUGCCCGGUGGAGAGUGGCACAGUGCCCACGAAGUCCCUGUUCAUUCAGGCCCAGAACUUCAGACUAUUCAUCAAAAACAGUGUCAUCUUCAGCAAGUUCAACUUCUUCAAUUAA